CGCACGCAGGCGCGUGUUCUCGCGGUAUUUGGAGAAAUAGGAGCUGGUAGAGAGGAGUUGGGGGAAAGGAGCCUCCGAGGUAUACCAAAAGAAGCCACGGCGUCGGCGGCUCAGAGGACGACAACGUGGGCGAUUAUUUUUUCGUAUUCUCGCGAGAAUUGGUGGCUAACCUUCCCUCCUCACUAUCCUGCCUUCCUCUUCCCUUCCCCUCCCCCCCAAUCUGGAAACAGCGCCGUUUCGGUCUGGGAAGUAGGUAAAAAAAGAUGGGAAUUUUAACUUGGGGAACUCACUAGAGGUUCAGGUUGAGGAAGGGGGUGUCCCCUUAGUAGAGGCUCUUGGGUUGGUCACUGGCCUCCGGGAUUUGCUCGGUGAGCGAGGCCCCGGGGCGGGCUGGAAGAGUAUAUAGUCAGCCUCUCAGGAAGUUAAGGAAAUAGCAAAUAAAUUCAGUCCCUACUUUCAUUUUGUAGGGACGUUGGGACCUUUAGUUAGUGGCAAGGCAACCUCGACCCAAGGCAGUCCGCUGUUUAAGUACUUUGAGAGACUAGUCUUGGGUGGGGGGCUUUUUCAAAAACCUUGAAGUGACUGGUCUCCAGAACUUACUUACUUUUUUGGCGUUUGUAAAGUUCAGCUUCUUACCUAUUUACAAACUGGGUUUUCCCUUUAACCAAUCCUUUUGAACAAUUAAUACCCUAAAAGUGGGAGUUAAUUUAGACUUGGAGUAAAGGAAGAGCAUGUUCUUGCUCAGGGUUUAAAACAUCGUCUCUUCCUUUCCUAUAUGUGAAGUGUGAGACCAGAGGAUAUUUUGAUAUUUUGGAGAAUAUUUCCUCCAGGUGAAAGGCAGCUCAACUCAGUUUCAGAUCUAUUUCCUUAAUUAGCUUCUUUCAACAUUCUGCAUGUAAUUGCAGAAUCAGGUAUUCUUAGAGUAACCACAUUUAUCCUGAUAAAGAGACCAAGGGUGGGUUGAAUGUAGGACAUAGGUAACAAAAGAAAAAGUAGCCCUUCCAUUGUAGGGGGAGGGGCUUAAAGAGUAGAAUUUGGGGUUUUUGGAGGAUUCCUCCCUCUUUUCAAGCACAGUGGAGAAGGAAUGCCAAACCCGGAGAGACAUGGCAAGAAGGAUACGGGAGGUGGGGGGUCUUUGCAUCAAGAUGCAGUGUCCGGUAGCGGGAGCUCAAACAGCCGAGAAAGGCAUCGACUCUCCAAGCAUAAAAGACACAGAUCCAGGCAUUCCAAAGAUUCGCCGUUGGGGUCCCAAGAAGGAGGAGCACCUCUUGGCAGCAUGAUCAAGCCAUUGGUGGAAUAUGACGAUAUCAGCUCUGAUUCUGACACUUUCUCAGAUGAAGCAGUCCUCAAGUUGGAACGCAGAGAAAAUGAUGAGAGAAAAGGAGCAUCAGACAAGACUGAUAGACUACAUAGACAUCGCCAUCAUCAACACAGGCGUGUCCGUGAAUUGAUGAAAAGUAAGCUGGGAGACGAGAAGAAAAUGGACAGAAACCAAGAGUCCUCAGGCAAGUUGAGUUCUAGUAAAGACAGACUAUCUGGUACUUCCAAAAGACUACAGGAGGAGAAUGAUGACCACUCAUCUAAAUCAUUCAAGAGUAGUAGCAAAGAGUCCCGUGCAGCCAAACUGCAUAAGGAGAAGUCUAGAAAAGAACGGGAGGCAAAAUCUGGCCACAAAGAUCACAGUAAAAGUCAUCGGAAAAGAGAUGCCCCUAAAAGUUACAAGUCAUUGGACAGUCCAAAGCGGAAAUCCAGAAGCCCACACCGUAAAUGGUCAGAUAGUCCAAAACAAGAUGACAGUCCCUCAGGUGCAUCCUAUUCACAGGACUAUGACAACAGCCCUCCACGCUCACAUACAUCCAGUAACUAUGAUUCAUAUAAGAAGAGUCCUAGUGUAUCCUCACGACGACCAUCAGUCAGCCCUCCAUAUAAGGAACCUGCUGCCUACCAAUCCAGUAUGCGUUCUCCCAGUCCUUACGGCAAGAGACAGCGGUCGGUCAGUCCAUACAACAGGAGGCGCUCAUCCAGUUAUGAAAGAGGAAGUGGAUCAUACAGUGGAAGAUCUCCCAGUCCAUUCAAUCGAAGGCGCUCCAGCAGUCCUUUUGUUUCCAAGCGGUCUCUGAGUCGUAGUCCUGUUUCCAGGAAUGACAAAACAAUCGCAAGGAGAGAAUCCCGCUUUUGGAAGCCCAAGAAAUCCCGAAGCAGAAGUCCCACUUAUUCAAGGCAUUCUUCAUCUCAUAACAAAAAGCAGAGAACUGGGUCUCGCAGUCGCCAUUCCAGUAUCUCACCUGCUCGGCUACCACUGACUUCCAGUUUAGGAGCUGAGCUGAGUAGGAAGAAAAAGGAGAGGGCUGCAGCCGCAGCCGCUGCAGCAAAAGUUGACGGAAGGGAGAUCAAGGACUCGUCUAGCUUGGUGUCUAGAAAAGAAAAUAAUUUAGCUGAAGUAAAAGAGUCUGUAAUCGAUGUCAGGAAGGCAAAAAUGGCUAAGCCUGAAAAAUGUCCUCAUGAUCUGGUGACAGUAAAUACUCUACAGCACAGUGCAGAGAUGAAAACAACUCCCGAGCCUGUCAAAACAAAGACAGAAAAUUCUGAAAAGAAACGUCCUCCUUUGGUUAAAGACUCAAAAACUGAGGGAACAAAAGAUAUGAAACUUGUUAUAGCAAAGGAGGAAAUUGUGACUCCAAAAGAAAUAGAGACAUCUGAGCAAGAGGUCCAACCUCCUUUGCCUUCUGUAAAGUCACUCCCUCCUUUACCGUCAUCAUCCCCACCUCCUCAGAUUCCUCCACCAUUGCCUCCUUUGCCUCCAUUGCCAGUUGUUCCCCCUCUGCCAUCUGCCCAGUCAUCUACUAUUCAAAGCCCUGCUUUAGUUCCUCUGCCAUUUUCUGCCCUUUCUAAAACAUCCUUGACUUCUCAGGCUAACUCCCAGUCCACCAUGCAAUCUUUCUCAAAGGGACAUGGUUCUGUGACCAUAGCUGUUCCUCAUUUGAAAACAUCAACGUUGCCUCCACUCCCUUUGCCACCAAUUUUGCCUGGGGAAGAUGAGUUGGAAAGUCCAAAGGAAAUCGUUCCUCUGAAGUCUGUGAAGAAAGAGAAAGAACAGAGACCACGACACUUGCUUACAGACCUCCCACUUCCUCCAGAGCUUCUUGGUGGAGACCCUUCACCGCCGGAGUCUCCAGAACCAAAGCCAGCCACACCACCUCAGCAGUCAUUAAGAAAGAGACCAAAAAUCUGUUGCCCUCGUUACGGUGAGAGGAGACAGACAGAAAGUGAUUGGGGAAAGCGCUGCGUUGACAAAUUUGAUAUUAUUGGUAUUAUUGGUGAGGGAACAUAUGGGCAAGUGUACAAAGCCAAGGACAAGGAUACAGGUGAAUUGGUAGCUUUGAAAAAAGUAAGGCUGGACAAUGAAAAGGAAGGCUUCCCUAUUACAGCUAUCCGUGAAAUCAAGAUUCUCAGACAGUUGAUUCAUCGGAGUGUUGUCAACAUGAAGGAAAUCGUUACAGACAAACAAGAUGCACUGGAUUUCAAGAAGGACAAAGGUGCCUUUUAUCUUGUAUUUGAAUAUAUGGACCAUGACCUCAUGGGAUUGCUAGAAUCUGGGUUGGUGCAUUUCUCAGAGGACCAUAUCAAAUCAUUCAUGAAGCAGUUGAUGGAGGGACUGGACUAUUGUCACAAAAAAAACUUUCUUCAUCGAGAUAUCAAAUGUUCCAACAUCUUAUUAAACAACAGUGGGCAGAUCAAGCUGGCAGACUUUGGUCUUGCCCGACUUUACAGUUCAGAAGAAAGCCGUCCAUAUACCAAUAAAGUCAUUACAUUAUGGUAUCGACCACCAGAAUUGCUGCUAGGCGAGGAGCGUUACACACCAGCUAUAGAUGUUUGGAGCUGUGGUUGCAUCCUUGGGGAACUGUUUACAAAGAAACCUAUUUUUCAAGCUAAUCUUGAGUUGUCCCAGCUUGAAUUAAUCAGCCGUCUUUGUGGGAGCCCGUGUCCAGCUGCCUGGCCAGAUGUCAUCAAACUUCCCUACUUCAACACCAUGAAACCUAAGAAGCAAUAUCGUAGGCGCCUGCGGGAGGAGUUUUCUUUCAUUCCUUCUGCUGCCCUUGACUUGCUAGACCAUAUGCUAACACUGGACCCCAAUAAACGAUGUACAGCAGAGCAAGCCUUGCAGAGUGAUUUCCUAAAGGAUGUUGAUAUCAGCAAGAUGGAUCCUCCAGACCUCCCUCGUUGGCAGGAUUGUCAUGAACUCUGGAGCAAGAAACGCAGGCGGCAACGGCAAAGUGGGAUUGCGGUCGAGGAACCUCUCUUAGCAAAGGUUUCCCGGAAGGACACAGCCUCUGUAAUAAGCACUGAAGCUAUCAAGAAUCAUAGCAGCCCAAUACCCCCCCAGCCUGCUCAGAUCAAAACACAACCUUGUGCUGGAGACUCAUUUGCAGGUCUUGGUGACAUCACACAACAGCUGAAUCAGAGUGAGCUGGCUGUCUUACUGAACUUGUUGCAGAGCCAGACAGACCUAAGUGUUCCACAGAUGGCCCAACUACUCAACAUUCAUUCAAACCCUGAGAUGCAACAACAGCUAGAGGCCCUUAACCAGUCUAUCAAUGCACUCACUGAAGCCACCACCACCACCACCACCACCAUUCAACUGCAGGAUUCCCAGAAAGUGCCUGAAGAGGAAACAGCUGUUGAGGAACCACCCCCACCAGCCCAUCCCUCUGAGGAACAACCCACUCCUGAAGCAGCAGGCACUCAGGGAGACAUGCAAAGCGUUCUGGCAGUUUUGCUGAGCCAGCUAAUUAAAACCCAAGAGCCUGCAACAAAUACAGAGCAGAAUAGCAGUGAGAAGAACAGUGAUCUACAGGGGCAACGGAAAACCCCCACUUUGCCUCAGGAGGAAACUGCAGCCUGUCCUCACAUUCUCCCACCAGAGAAGAGACCCCCUGAGCCUCCUGGACCACCACCGCUGCCACCACCCAAUCUGGCUGAAGAGAACAACUCUAAUGCAGCUCAGGAGUUGAAUCCGGCUAUGACAGCCGCUCUCCUCCAACUUUUAUCCCAGCAAGAGGCAGGGCUGCUGAGCCACCCAAAGCAGGAACCCCAAGUUGAGAAACCCUCCUCGGAAUACACCAAGUCACAAACUUCAUCCAGGACUUACAGCACCGACGGGCCCGAGGGCUGCAACUUUGAUGUUGAUGAAAGAAAUUCCAUCCAGACUUUAACAGAGACAUCAUCCCCAACUGCGGAGAAAAGUAGCACCUUCCUGGGUUCCACAAGCCACAUCAGGGAGUCCAGCAGUUACCAGAGCACAGGAUCAGUUCAGUUCCCUGGGGACCAGGACCUCCGUUUCACCCGAGUCCCCUUAGCGAUACAUUCUGCUAUUGGGCAGUCCUUCAUCAAAACUGAGGGGAGUAACAAUACACUGGUACACUCAGAGGCCAACAUUCAUAACUACAAUGAGGUGGGAGUAACAAAUUCAAGUGACACAGGAACAAGCCACACGUGGGGAAACCCAGUCCAGUCCACUGCAUACGGGAAAGCAUUUCGUGGGCAGAAUAGAGUACCUCCAAGAGGAGGAAGAGGGGUACCUUAUUAAAAUGACUGAAGAGAUGGCAUGAGGGGGGGUAGUGUUUACUUUCUUAUUGUCUUGACCUCAGAGCAAUUAGCUUGACGGGCAAACUAUUGACCACCUACUAUAGAAAUGGUUGAUCCCCCCCCCUCCCCCCUUUGCUCACUGGGCUGCUCUGUUUCUUUCCCCUCAGGGCUUUAGAAUGAAAAUUCUUUAGCCUUUUUGUGACAUCAUUCCAUCCCCCAAAAUCUAUUGAUUUGGGUUUGGUGUGAUAAGUUUUGUUACAUUGACAGGGGGGUGGGGGGGGGGAGGGAAAAGAAGGAAAUAUUUCUUAAAGAAUAAAUUGGAGACAUGAAUUGAAUGUGCUUGUAUGACUUGCGCUGUUAUUUUUGACAGCCCACUGAAGAUCUGGAUGAGAUGAAUCAGUGUCUUGGUCUAUGUUUUUUUGCAGAAUAAAGUCUUAGAAUGAGCUGUACUAUUUCAAUAGCAGGUAGAGAAAUCCAUAUGUGGAGUAAGAGAUAGAAAUUUUCCCUUUUGUAGGUAGAAAAUUCAGCAUAUUAUGAAGAGAAAUAUUAGCCCAACAUCCCCUUGGCUGUAUUAAUCAUCUUUCUAAAGCCAAGACU